AUGAGAUUUGCGUCAUGGGCUGGCCUCCUUGGCCUUGCCGCCAUUUCCCAUGCUAGCCAUGUUCCCAGGGACUACAAUAAUAAUGACUACUAUGUCAUACAUAUUGAUUCGACUUCGUCCCCAGAACAAAUUGCGUCUCGUCUGGGUUUGCGACACGAGGGCGUCCUCGGCGAACUUUCAGACCACCACAUUUUCCGCUCACCAAAGGCCGAACACGACAUUGUCAAGAGACAGCUACUGCAAAGUAAGAGGAGGAAGCGGGGACUGGGAGAUCGCGACGUUUUGGACAGUGUGUUGCUCUCUACGAAGCAGGAGACUCGCCAACACCUGCAUAAACGUGUGAUUCCACCACCUCCCUCGGGGUUGAUUUCGCCGCGCGACAAUAACAAACCCGUCGAAUGGGCUGUCAAGAAACAGCAAGCAGUCAUGUCCCAGCUCAAUAUCCGCGACCCGAUCUUUACCGAGCAGUGGCACCUCUUUAAUCCCAUUCAGAUUGGUCACGAUGUUAACGUGACAAGUGUUUGGCUAGAGGGUGUCACGGGCAAGAACGUCACUGUUGCCAUCAUCGAUGAUGGCAUUGAUAUGAACAGUCUAGAUCUGAAGGACAACUAUUUUGCAGAGGGCUCUUACGACUUUAACGACCAUGACCCUGUUCCCGCUCCUGUACUCUCUGAUGAUCGCCAUGGCACUCGAUGUGCUGGAGAAAUCGCAGCAGUUCGCAACGACGUUUGCGGUCUCGGUGUCGCGUAUGAAUCCAAGAUUGCUGGCAUCCGGAUUCUCAGCAAGCCUAUCAGCGAUGCUGAUGAGGCUGAAGCUAUGAUGUACAAGUACGACAAGAAUCAGAUCUAUUCGUGCUCUUGGGGGCCCCGCGAUGAUGGGCGAACCAUGGAGGCCCCUGGUGUUUUGAUCAGGAGGGCUAUGCUCAAGUCCAUUCAAGAGGGCCGAAAUGGACUGGGAUCUAUUUAUGUCUUUGCCAGCGGCAAUGGCGCAGCCAGCGAUGACAACUGCAACUUUGAUGGAUAUACCAAUUCCAUAUACAGCAUUACCGUCGGUGCCGUCGAUCGAGCAGGCCAGCAUCCAUACUAUUCAGAGCAUUGCUCUGCUCAGCUCGUAGUCACCUACAGCAGUGGUAGUGGUGACUCCAUCCAUACAACUGAUGUUGGAGAAAACCAGUGCGCAACUGGUCAUGGCGGAACGUCAGCCGCUGCUCCGCUUGCCGCCGGCAUCUUUGCUCUCGUUCUGGAAGUUCGCCCGGACCUAGGCUGGAGAGACAUGCAGUACCUUGCCAUGGACACUGCCAAACCUGUUGCUGACGAACAUGCCAACUGGCAGCAGACGGCAAUCGGAAAGCAGUUCAGUCACGUAUUCGGCUACGGCAAAGUUGACUCCUAUGACCUCGUGCAGAAAGCCAAGACUUGGAAAAAGGUCAAACCUCAGGCCUGGUUCUUCUCUCCUUGGCUGCAUGUGAAAAAGGCAAUCCCAGAAGGGGACCACGGAUUAAUUGUUAGUUUUGACGUAACGGAAGAUAUGCUGAAGAAGGCAAAUUUGGAGCGGCUGGAGCAUGUUACUGUCACAAUGAACGUCAACCACACUCGGCGUGGUGACCUCAGCGUCGAUUUGAUCAGUCCGUCAAACGUGGUCAGCCACAUCGCUACUGCCCGCAAAGAUGAUAGCGCCAACAAGGGCUAUGAGGAUUGGACGUUCAUGAGCGUCGCCCACUGGGGUGAAAAGGGUAUCGGGAAGUGGACCAUCGUCGUCAGAGACACCAAGAGAAAUGAACACCAAGGCACAUUCGUCGACUGGCACCUGAAGCUGUGGGGCGAAGCCAUCGACCCUGCCAAAGCCACCAAGCUGCCUAUGCCGUCGGCACAAGAUGAUGCCGAUCACGAUAAAGUUGACAUUGUGACGGCGCCAGCGGCUACGUCCACCCUUGGCAGCCCAGCCGACGGCACCAAGACUCAUGCGGAUAAGCCUACCGACCACCCUGAAAGACCCGUUAAACCAAGCGCUACGUCAGCUGAUAAAAAGCCUUCUACUGAGGAAGCUUCCGCAACCGCAACUUCUUCGUCAUCUUGGAUUGACAAGUUCCCGGCUUUUGGAGGAUCGAAGACCGCCACAGUGUGGGUAGUUGGUGCGGGCAGCCUGAUUGCAGUAUUCUGCAUUGGCUUGGGCAUUUACUUCUGCAUUGCCCGUAAACGACAACUUCGAAAUGACCCCCGCAACAGCUAUGACUUUGAGCUCCUUGACGAGGAGGAGGGAGACGGUUUGAACAGCGGUGAAAAGAAUGGCCAAGGAAGACGAACUCGUGGCGGCGAGCUGUAUGAUGCUUUUGCUGGGGCAAGUGACGAUGAGGAAGAGUUUGACGAAUACAGAGAUCGGUCUGCAGAACGUCUGGCCAGUAAUGAAGAUGAAGAUGAUCAGUACGUCGUAGGGGAAGAGAGCGACGAUGAUGACGGCCACGGAAGACCGGAAUCAAGACCCCUUGGCGGAGGAAGCCGACCAUAA